AUGCAGGAAGCGAAGAGAGAUGGACAAAGAGGAAGAGGAUCAGGAGGAAUUAUUUCAGGGGUAAGAAAAGAGGUUAAGGAAGUAAGAAAGGAUUGCACGAUUGUAGACGAAGAUUGUAUAGUGAGAAGUAUUAAAAGAGGUAGAGAAACGAUAGAUAUAGUGGGAAUUUAUAGAAGAAGGGGUGAAGAAAAGGGAUGGGGAAUAAUUAAAGAUUGGAUGGAAAAAGGAAAGGAUAAGAAGGUAAUAAUUGGGGGGGAUUUAAAUGCAUGGACCGGGGAAUUGGGGGGUGGUUUGUGGGAUGAAGAGCUGGAAAAAUAUAGUAGAGUGUCCAGGCAUAAGAAAGUGGAUGAGGAGGGUAGGAGACUUCUACAAUUGUUGGAAGAAGAAGGAUGGUCCAUUGCCAAUGGAAAUAUGAGAGGAGACGAAGAAGGAAAUUUCACCUAUAGAGGAAAAGGAGAUACCGUUAUAGAUUACGUGUUGACAGAUGAUAAGGGUAGGGAUGAAAUCAUUAAAAUGAAAAUAGGUAGAGAAAUAGGGUCUGACCAUUUUCCUUUGGUGGUAGAAUUAAGGGGUGGGAAUAGGAAUGGAAGAAGUGGAAUGUACAAAGGGGUUAGGAAACAAAAGAAAAUUAAAAUGGGUAAAUGGAAUGUGAAGAGGCUAAGCGAAUUUCAGGAAAAAAUGCGGAGAGAAAUGGAAGAGUGGGAGGAUGAAGAGGGAGUGGAUAAUAAAAUAAUAAAAAUAAGAGACAAGAUUGAUAAGGUGAAAAAAGAAAUGGGGGAUGUAGAAGUACAAGAGUUAGGAUAUAGAAAAUGGUGGGACAAUGAAUGUGAAGAGAGUAGGAAAAGAAUGAAAGGAUACAUAAAAGAAUGGAGGAACGGUGGAAUGGAAAAAAAAGAAUACAACAGGAGACACAAAGAUCACGAGAAAUUAUUAAAAGAAAAAAGAGAAAUGGAGAAGAAAAGGUUUAUGGAGGAAGUUGAAAAAGCAGUGCAAGAAGGUAAAGAAUGGGAGGUAAUAAACAAAGAAAGGAAGAAGGGGAAACCUAUAAAUAGGAAGAUUAAAAUAGAGGAGUGGACUAGGUAUUUCAUGGACAUGAGUGGGGGAACGGGAUACAAAGUGAGAGGGGAAGGAAGAAGAAUGUUGAGAGAGGAUGAUGUGGAAGAGGUGACAAGGGAAGAAGUGGAUGAUGCGAUAGACAAGCUGAAGAGGAAUAAGGCGGUGGGAAAAGAUGAGAUGGAGGGAGAGGGUAUAAAAUAUGGGGGAGAAAAGGUGAGAAGGGUGAUAUGGGAAGUAGUCAACGAAGUGUGGAAAGGAAAUGGAUGGCCGGAGGAAUGGAAAACGGGCCUGAUUGUACCGCUGGUCAAAAAAGGGGAAGGAGAGAAAAUAGAGGAGUACAGAGGCAUUACCUUAAUGCCAGUGAGUUAUAAGGUAUAUGCGGAGGUACUCAGAAAAAGAUUGGAAAAAGAAGUUGAGGAAAAAGGAGGUAUUCCACACAAUCAGGCUGGGUUCAGGAAGGGUAUGGGCACCAUGGACCAUAUAUAUACCCUCAAUUACUUAGUAAAUAGAAAACUGCGGGAGAAGGCGGGCAAAUUAAUAGCUCUUUUCGUAGAUUUUAAGGCUGCGUUUCCGUCUGUGAACAGGAGUAUUUUGUGGAGAUCACUAAAGGAAAGAGGGAUUAAAGAUGGGAUUGUAGAAAGGAUUAAAGAAAUGUAUACGGAUGUGAGGGCGCAGGUUAGAAUAGGAGAAACAAUUGGGGAAGAGUUCUGGCUGGGUAGAGGUCUCAUGCAGGGUUGCCCUCUAAGCCCUGUUCUUUUCAGUUUGUUAAUGGCGGAUUUGGAGGAGAAGUUGAAACGAAGAGGAAAAGGGGGGAUAAUUUUGGGUAAUGGUAGAAUUUACUCACUUGCUUACGCGGAUGAUGUGGUAUUGAUGUGCGAGAAUGAGUCAGGAAUGAGGUUAUUAAUUAAGGAAUUUGAAAAGUAUGUGAGAGAGAAAGAUUUAUGGAUAAAUGUGGAAAAAACUAAGGUGAUGAGAUUUAUGAAGAAAAAAGACGGAAAGCAGAAUGAAUGGAGAUUGAAUGGAAGAGUGGCUGAAGAAGUGGAUGAAUUUUGUUAUUUGGGUUUUUGGUUUCAUUAUGGUGGAGGGCAUGAGUUGAAUGUAAGUAGAAGAGUGGAAAGAGCGAAUAAGAUAAUGGGUCAGGUGUGGGGAAUAGGUAAGAGAAGGUUUAAAAACGACUGGAAAAAGAGAUUGUGGUUGUAUGAUACGUUGGUAUGGUCGGUGGUGAGUUAUGGUGUGGAAGUAUGGGGAUGGAUGGAAAUGGAAAAAGUAGAAAGUAUGCAUGAAAAAUAUUUGAGAUGGGUUAUGGGUGUGAGUGGAAACUGUCCAGGGUACAUGUUAAGAGAGGAAGUUGGGAGAGAGAAAAUGAGAGUGAGACAGAGAAUCAGAGCGUGGAGUUUUGAGGAAAAGUUAAGACAGGGUGGAGGGUGUAGUUGGACUCGAAGGUGCUGGUUGCAAGUGAAAGAAAGAGAGCUGAAGGGAAGGAAGGAAAUGUCAAGGUGGGAGAUUAAAAGAAUGGAGGCAAUUAAAGAAGGGAUCGGGGGAGAUAGAAAAUGGACAGAAGCGAGAGAGGGGUGGAAAGAAAAAGAUAAGGAAGAGAGGUGGGAAAGAAUAAUGAAUUCGAAAUAUAAUAGGUGGUACAGGUUGGUAAGGGGAAGUGAUAUACCUCAAUAUUUAAAAAGAAAAAAGGAGGAGAGAUGGAACAGAAUGAUAAGGUUUAGAAUGGGAGAAGGAAUGCUUGAAUGUAAGUAUUGGAUGGGUGAGAGUGAGAGAUUGUGUAGGGUGUGUGGUUUUGAGUUGGAGGAUUGGGAACAUGUGUUGGAUAGAUGUACAAGUGGUGGAGAGAAUGAAAAGGGUGUGGAUGAAAGGAUAAGAUGGAUACUGGAUGAGAAUGGGCAAGGUGAGAACUGGAUGAAUGAAUUGGAACAAAUGAGAACAAAUAGUAAAAUAAAUUAA